CACACCAGAGCUGAGUGUCUCCGCGGCAGGCUGUUCCUGACCAAGCACCGGGACGGGAGGGCGGUGAGGUAGGCUAGUCUCGGACUUUUCCACGGAUUAUCUGCAAAAACGAAACAGUUUCGGUCUGUUGAGCGGCCACACGGGACAUAUUUAAAUAACCAGGGAAGCCGGGUCUGACUGCAUUCAGAGAGCGGGGAGAGACUUCGCCGUGUUUCAAAAGAGACAGACCGGAGGAAAGUUUAAACCCCUGCCCUGCCCGGGGAAAGGUGAGACUGGUGCGUCUUUCAAUUUCCCUGGCUGUCCCGUUCGUUAACAACAAUACAGGGUAGCCUAGCUCUGAUGACAUUUUCAGUAGAAUAUUAUCUGCGCGUACAGUUGUGUAGUUUCGCUGUCCUGCACUGAACUACGUUUGGCAGCAUGUCUGAGAAGUGUGCCGCUGUGUAACCAGUUCAUCCAGCUCUGCUGGGGAGUUUCGACUGCUACUUGAUUGACUUCAAACCGUUGACGAGCUUUAUUGCCGCCCAUCCAAAAAAAACUCUCCAAAGCACAGUUUCACAAUAAUGGCUGGUUUGAUCAAUGUCCACAUGAAAACCCUGGAGGACCUGACGCUGGACUCUGGCUACGGGGCGGGGGACUCCUGCAAAUCCCUCAGCCUGUCCUCCUCCAAGUCAAACUCCCAGGCCUUCACGACGGCCCCUCACCGGGGCAACUGGUGGUACUACUCGGGCUCCAUGAACAGCAGGAACAACAGCUGGGACACGGUCAACACUGUCCUCCCCGAAGACCCGGAGGACAUCUUCUCCAAGUGUCCCCGCUUACCUGAGUUGGAAGAGUUUCCCUGGACCGAAGAGGAGGUGGCCAAGAUACUUCGCAAAGUGGCCGGGAGUGGGAGCGUUAAAGGGGGGGCUACACCUGUGUUCUCUCCGGAGGCCGUGAGGCGGCUGUCCGCUCUCCUCCGCAGGGCUCUCAUCCGCAUCUCCCGAGAGGCUCAGCGGCUCAGCGUCAUGCACUGCCGCUGCACACGCUUCGAGGUGCAGAGCGCCAUGAGGCUGGUGCUCAGCUGGUCCCUGGCCGACCACUGCGUCUCUGCUACGGUCAAGGCGAUCUCCAUGUAUAGUAUGAGCGCCGGGGAGCUGCUGAGGAAGGGCAAGUCCGCCCGCUGCGGACUCUCCUUCUCCGUGGGACGCUUCUUCCGCUGGAUGGUGGACACCCGCAUCUCCGUGCGCAUCCAUGAGUACGCAGCUAUAUGCUUGACCGCGUGCAUGGAAGCUCUGGUGGAGGAGAUAGGAGCCAGGGUGCUGAUGGCCGAGAGGGGUCAUUCAGGGCCGGAUUCAGGGUCAGCAUGCACCCCUGUGAGCACAGAGGCCUUGGAGGGGGUGGUGAACAAUGACGCGGAGCUAUGGGGAGUCCUGCAGCACUAUGAGCACCUGAUCUGCGGGAAGAACGCCAAUGGUGUUUUGUCUCUCCCGGCCCAUUUCAGUCCCUACACAGAGAACCAGCAGACGUCGGUGGACAGCAGGGAGGAUGCCUAUGCCCAGCUGGAGCUGAGGACGCUGGAACAGUCCCUGCUGGCAACCUGUGUGGGCAGCAUUUCUGAACUCAGUGACUUGGUGUCCCGUGCAAUGCACCACAUGCAGCGCCUAACCUCAGUGCGCCCAGGAAUGAGCCCAGCCCGCCACGCCCGCCCCCAGCAGCCCGUGUCCUGGUCGCCGGACGCCCUCCACACCCUUUACUACUUCCUGCGCUGCCCACAAAUGGAGUCCAUGGAGAAUCCCAACUUGGAUCCCCCACGCAUGGCACUCAGCAAGGAGAGGCCAUUCCUGUUGCUGCCACCUCUGAUGGAGUGGAUGAGAGUGGCCAUAGUUCAUGCUGAGCAUCGCAAGAGUCUAUUGGUGGACAGUGAUGACGUCAGACAGACUGCCAGGCUACUCCUUCCAGGACUGGACUGUGAACCAAGACAGCUGAAGCCUGAAUGUUGCUUUAGCUCCUUCAAGCGUCUGGACUCCAAAGCUGCCACAGACAAGUUCCACCUAGACUUGGGUUUUCGGAUGCUCAACUGUGGACGCACAGAUCUCAUUGGCCAAGCCAUCCACCUGCUGGGGCCAGAUGGGGUCAACAGCAUGGAUGACCAGGGGAUGACACCUCUGAUGUAUGCCUGUGCAGCUGGAGAUGAGGCCUUAGUCCAGAUGUUGAUCGAUGCCGGGGCUAACCUUGACGUGGCGGUUCCACCAUGUUCCCCAAAGCACCCCUCUGUGCAUCCUGAUAGUCGACACUGGGCAGCCUUUACCUUUGCUGUGGUGUAUCCUCAUGACAAAUUUUCCAAAACGCAGUUUCUGAUAGUUAUGGUUGGUAAUGUUAAAACAUUUCAUUUAAAUGUGUUGAGGAUGUUUAUUUGUAUGUAAUUGACUGUUAUGUGCUUCCCAGGCAACUAUGAGAUGGUGAGUUUGCUCCUGGCACGAGGCGCAGACCCGUUAUCAAAGACCCAUGAUGGAAAUGCCCUUACGUCAUCCCUCUAUGAAGACAUGAACUGUUUCAGCCAUGCUGCCGCACAUGGACACAGGAACGUGCUGAGAAAGCUACUGACUCAGCCCCAGCAAGUCAAAGAGGAUGUCCUGUCUCUGGAGGAGAUCUUAGCUGAGGGGGUGGAGGGUGAAGAGGCCGGGAUCUGCCCUUUCCUCCCUCUCUCCCCCCUCCCCACCCCUUCCUCUGGCCAUGGGGCCCUGCCAGAGGUGGGCAUAGCAAGGCUCUGCAAGGCCCGGAUGAAGGCUCUGCAAGAGGCCAGCUACUACAGCGCUGAGCAUGGCUACCUGGACGUCACCAUGGAGCUACGAGCUUUGGGUGUACCAUGGAAACUACAUGUGUGGCUGGAAUCUCUGCGUUGUGCCCAGCAGCAGUCCAGGGCCGGGGUCGCCCUCUCACUCCUCAGAGAGUUCACCACCAUCAAAGAAGAGGACUACUGUGAGGAGCUGGUCACAGUAGGCCUGCCCCUGAUGUUCACUAUCUUACGUAGCACCAAGAAUGAUGCCAUUAUACAGCAGUUGGCAACUAUUUUCAGUCACUGUUUUGGCCCUGCACCUCUUCCAGCCAUCCCUGGGAUGAAGGCAACGCUUUCAGCACAGUUGGACCCUCAUUUCCUGAAUAACCAGGAGAUGUCAGAUGUGACAUUUGUGGUGGAGGGGAAACCGUUCUACGGCCACAGAGUCCUGCUGAUCACAGCUUCUGACAGAUUCAAGUCUCUGUUGGCGUGCUCUGGACCAGAUGGAAGCCCCAACAAGGACAUUGAGAUCAGUGACAUCAAGUACAACAUUUUCCAGAUGAUGAUGUCAUACCUGUACUGUGGAGGAACAGAGUCACUGAAGACAGUUGUUCCUGACUUGUUGGAGUUGUUGUCAGCUGCUAGUCUCUUCCAGCUGGGGGUGCUACAAAGACACUGUGAACGCAUCUGCUCUAAGCUCAUCAACCUGGAUAAUGCAGUCAGCAUCUACAAGACAGCCAAGGCCCAUGGUUCAGUGGAGCUGAGCUCAUUCUGUGAAGGUUACUUCUUGCAGCAGAUGCCUGCUCUACUGGAGAGAGAGGGCUUCAGGAGCCUGCUGUUGGGACCCGCCGCAGCCCGACAAGGGAACAACUCCACUUCUACGCUGGUUCACUGCCGGGGAGAAUUGCCUCUGGAGGAGCUGGAGGCCACCCUGGCUCAACGGCUGCGCUCUCUCUGCAUCACCUCCCGAGUCUGAAGACAACGGGACAGCUGCUGAGGAGAGAAGACCAAAAUAAGAAUGUGGCAGUUGAAGCAAAUGUUUCAUCUUAUCACUGAUACAGGAUCAGAUCUUAAGACGCUGUUGAAAUGGUUUGAGUACAGAUGUUUUCUUAGCAACAUCUGAUCCUAUCUCUGGUAACAAGCAACUCCCACAGUGCUUUGACACUGGAACACAGAUCAGUGAGUUAUUUGGCAGCAGUUACUUCACUCUGUAGACAAUGCACCGUUUCAUAUUUUGUGCCAAGCACCCCAUCUUGGCAUUAAUUGCAGUGUACAGUAUGUUUAUUGGACAAUGGGAUGCUUUUUCUCCAAGGCUCGGGAAGCUUAAAUGGAGAAGCAACAGAUGAAUGCAACAGGUGGGAACUCUGAAUUAUGAAACAUUGCUGCCCUCUACUGGACAAAACUGGCAAAAUAAAUAAUUGCCUUGGAGGAUUGGGAUCAACGGUAACCUCCUGGUUCUGACUGAAGCUAUGUGAAGGGACAAUAGACUGAGUCAAGUGAGGCAGCCAUGCUGGACUUUUGGCUUUGUCCUGCUCUAACUAAUAAUGCAGAGUGGGAGGAUGUAGGUAGACUCAGUGCCUCCAGCAUUGAUGUAAGCUUUGGAUUAACAAAUGUACUUUUUAUGUAACUGUAUGUUUUUAUUUUUUUUUAAGUUUUACCGGAGAACCAAAAAGCUUACUGAAGAGUGGGAUGGACAUUUUCUAUUUAUAGAGAAAAAAAAAGAUCUGAGAGUAUUUAACGGGGUGUUCCCUUUUUAUUUAGUUUUUAUUCGAAGCAAAUUAAUAUUAUUGAUGAAAAAAUUGCUUUUGUGUGGCUGUUGUUUUUCCAGGUACACUUUAACAGUUAAUUAAGCUUAUGUAUGCUGAGGUUUAAUGCUUCUAUACAGUUACAGCAGCGGAGUCCAACAUUGGAUUUGGAAUAGAUAAAGUCUGUUUAAAAUGCUGAAUAUUGUAAUAAACCUGGUCAACAAG